UUGCUUGGUUCCUCUUGUUCCAGGCUAAGCAGCCGGCAGCAGUCAACGCCGGACGCCUGCAGUUGCCACCGGCCCCCUCGCACCGACUUGUUUUCCGAAGUGGGUGUGUGUGCGCUUGCUAGACUAAUGUUCGGGCGCGGGCUGUUUCCAAGGACUUCCUCCCCCCCUUCAUCUCCUUCCCUCCCCCGACCCCUUUCUCCUCCCAGGCCCAAAGCAGAGGACUCGCUGGAGUCACAGAGUCGCCUUUGAACCACAAGUGAACCCGAGGGCUGCCCUGGCCGCCGGGCUGCUGCUCAGCGCCUCCCCGUGAGGCCCACCUCCUCCCCGCCUCCCAGGGGAGCGCAACCCGGGGGCUAGUCUGUUACAAGCCAGGGCGCUACAAAGCCCAUCUGCCCUCCCGUUCGGGUGCUGUUUCCUACCCCCCCCCCCGUCUCCCCUUCCUAUUUUUUUAUUCUUGUGGCAAGGUUGGAGCAUGGUUUUCAUGUGAUUUCCCCCCCUUUUUCAUGGACAGUUACCUGCACCCUUAGCAGUUCCGAGUUGGCUUCUGUUUUCCGUUAGCGCUUUGCUGCACGGACAAAUGCAUACAAAUGCAUUUAGGAGCCCACAGGACAAGGCGUGGAAAAGUCUCCCCCACGACAAAAACGAAACCACUUCUUCAUUUUAUUGUGCUAUGUGCAGCUGGGGUCGCUAUUCAGGCACAAGAACCAGGCAUAGAUAUUCUUCAUCAACUAGGCCUUGGAGGCAAAGAUGUAAGACACUCAUCAUCAGUGACUGCUGUGCCAUCAUCAUCUACACCAUUACCUCAGGGGGUUCAAUUAACAGAAUCAGGUGUCAUUUUCAAAAAUGAUGCUUAUAUUGAGUCACCUCUCAUGAAAAUUCUACCGGUCAACAUAAGGCGGCCAUUUACAAUAUUAAUUGUGUUACAGUCACGUAGAGUGAACAAUGCAUUUCUCUUCAGCAUUAGAAAUAAAAAUAGACUACAACUAGGAGUACAAUUACUACCUAAAAAAUUAAUAGUACACGCUGGAGGAAAGCAGUCUAUAUUUUUCAACUACGGUGUUCAUGAUGAGCAAUGGCACUCAUUUGCCAUUUCUGUUAGCAACCAAGUUGUUUCGUUGUUUGUUGAGUGUGGAAAGAAAUAUUUUAGCAGAGAUACUGUUUCAGAAGUUCAGACCUUUGAUUCUAACAGUGUGUUUACUUUAGGAAGUAUCAACAAUCAUUCUGUCCACUUUGAGGGAAUAAUAUGUCAGUUGGAUAUUAUUCCUUCUGAGGAACAAUCUGCAAACUACUGCAGAUACAUGAAACAUCAGUGUCCUCCAGCAGACAAAUACCAACUGGAAACAAGCCUUCCUCGCACAACCAUCCCAUCAACUAAGACAUUGGAACACUCUCCCCUGCCCAAGACAUUUGAUGGAAAAAAACUGUCAGAAGAUUCAUUUACCAAAGGCAAAAGCAUUCCAAAUAUCGUAAGUAAUGAUUCUGCAACAGCGCAUAAAAGACAAGAACACCAGAUAGCAAGAGCACAGUUAACUUCUCUUUAUUCAGGAAAUGUCUCUGCUGUGGAUUUCACAAACCAUGGGAUUCUGGCCAAAAAAAUGAGCACUGAAGAACAUACCGAGCCACACUUCAGCCUGUCAGUGGCCCAUCAUCACCUCAGUGAGGCAGGAAUGAAUACUAAGGAGAAAUUUAAUUCUUACCUAAAUGUAUCUGACACUAUCACACAUGAUGAUACAAUAACUGCCUCGUCACUGUCUAAGAAGACGUCAUCUCUUCUUCCACAAAUGAAACAGGAUACAGUUAUUAACCUCAAGAAGGCUAUCACGGCAAAUCUACACACUAAUGAACUCAUGGAAAUGCAACAGAUUUUAAACACAACCUUGUAUAGAAUAACGGAUGAGCCAUCUGUGGAUAAUCACCUUGAUCUAAGGAAGGAAGGUGAAUUUUAUCCUGAUACUACUUAUCCCAUUGAAAAUAACUAUGAAACUGAGCUUUAUGAUUAUUAUUAUUAUGAGGAUCUUAAUAGAAUGCUCGAAAUGGAGUAUCUGAGAGGGCCAAAAGGAGACACUGGACCUCCCGGUCCACCUGGUCCAGCAGGUAUCCCAGGUCCCUCAGGAAAGAGAGGUCCGCGGGGAAUACCAGGGCCACAUGGAAAUCCCGGGUUACCUGGAUUACCAGGCCCAAAGGGCCCCAAAGGAGAUCCAGGAUUUUCCCCAGGUCAAGCUGUUUCUGGAGAAAAGGGUGAGCGAGGCCUUUGUGGAUUAAUGGGGUCCCCUGGUAUGCAAGGUAAUAAGGGUCUCAAAGGAUAUCCAGGGCCCCCAGGACUCCAGGGUGAGCAAGGAAUUCCAGGACUUGCUGGUAAUAUUGGCUCACCUGGUUAUCCUGGCAGGCAGGGUUUAGCUGGACCAGAGGGUAAUCCAGGUCCGAAAGGUGGACGGGGUUUUAUUGGCUCUCCUGGAGAAGCAGGACAAUUGGGACCUGAAGGAGAAAGGGGUGUUCCUGGGAUCCGUGGAAAGAAAGGACUUAAGGGAAGACAGGGUUUUCCAGGUGACUUUGGAGAAAGAGGCCCUACUGGUCUGGAUGGAAGUCCUGGACUUGUAGGUGGCAUUGGUCCUCCGGGGUUUCCUGGGCUUAGAGGCAAUGUUGGUUCUGUGGGAAUGACUGGACCUUCUGGAAUUCCUGGGCCAAUGGGCCUUUCGGGGAAUAAGGGACUACCUGGAAUCAAAGGUGAUAAGGGUGAACAAGGCAUUGCAGGAGAGCCAGGAGAACCAGGGUAUCCUGGGGACAAGGGUGCUAUUGGUUUGUCAGGACCGCCAGGGAUGAGGGGAAAGCCAGGACCUUCAGGCCCAGUAGGUGACCCAGGACCCCAAGGACCAUCCGGCCCUCCAGGACCAGAGGGUUUUCCAGGAGAUAUUGGGAUUCCUGGACAAAACGGCCCUGAAGGACCAAAGGGACUCCUUGGAAAUAGAGGGCCUCCUGGACCUCCUGGUCUCAAAGGAACUCAGGGAGAAGAAGGACCAAUUGGACGCUUUGGAGAACUGGGGCCAAGGGGAAAGCCAGGUCAAAAGGGGUAUGCAGGUGAACCAGGACCCGAAGGCUUAAAGGGAGAAGUAGGAGAUCAAGGAAAUAUUGGAAAGAUUGGUGAAACAGGACCUGUUGGUUUACCUGGAGAAGUUGGGAUGACUGGAAGCAUUGGUGAAAAGGGAGACCGUGGAGGUCCAGGUCCAGUAGGCUCCCAAGGGGAAAAAGGUGUUAUGGGAUAUCCAGGUCCUCCUGGGGUUCCAGGACCCAUGGGCCCAUUGGGAUUACCUGGUCCUGUGGGGGCAAGAGGACCACCAGGGAGCCAGGGUCCUAAAGGACAAAGAGGAUCAAGAGGACCAGAUGGUCUCUCAGGAGAACAGGGUCUACAGGGUGCCAAGGGUGAAAAAGGAGACCAAGGAAAAAGAGGGCCUCAUGGUCUUGCUGGUAAGACUGGAAACCAUGGAGACAGAGGAGUUCAAGGGAAACUAGGUUUACAGGGACCCCCUGGAAGUACAGGAGACAGGGGACUUACAGGAGAGCCAGGACCCCGAGGCCUACAAGGUGAAGCUGGACCUCCUGGAGAAAUGGGUAUUGAGGGACCUCCAGGCCUUGAGGGAGAAUCUGGUCUGCAAGGCGAGCCAGGUCCAAAGGGAGAUGUUGGACCUCUAGGCAGUGUUGGAGGAACUGGGGAGCCAGGGUUAAGGGGUGAACCAGGAGCUCCUGGAGAAGAUGGUCUCCAAGGAAAAGAUGGAUUAAAGGGAACCCUAGGAGGAAGGGGACUGCCUGGAGAGGAUGGAGAAAAAGGAGAGAUGGGCUUAUCAGGAACUGUAGGGCCUGUGGGAAGAAUGGGUCAAAUGGGCCUUCCGGGACCUGAAGGAAUUGUGGGAAUUCCAGGACAAAGAGGCCGUCCAGGGAAAAAGGGUGAUAAAGGACAAAUAGGACCUAUAGGAGAAGUUGGAAGCAGAGGUUCUCCUGGACAAAUUGGGAAAAGCGGUCCUAAAGGUGUCAGAGGGACCAGAGGUGCUGUGGGACAUUUAGGAUUGAUGGGACCUGGAGGAGAAAUAGGAAUUCCAGGAUAUAGGGGCCAUCAAGGUCAGCCAGGACUUUCUGGAUUGCCAGGACCCAAAGGAGAAAAGGGCUACCCAGGAGAAGACAGUACAGUCCUAGGACCACCUGGGCCUCGAGGUGAACCAGGUCCAAUGGGGGAGCAAGGCGAGAGAGGAGAGCCUGGAGUGGAGGGAUAUAAGGGUCAUGUGGGUGUACCUGGAUUAAGAGGUGCCACUGGACAACAAGGGCCGCCAGGUGAGCCAGGCGACCAGGGUGAGCAAGGACUGAAAGGAGAGAAGGGAUCUGAAGGUCAAAAGGGGAAAAAAGGAGCUCCUGGUCCAUCUGGGAAGCCUGGAAUUCCUGGUCUUCCAGGCCUACCUGGGCCACAAGGCAUGCAAGGCCAACCUGGAGCAGAUGGCAUUUCAGGAAACGCUGGAAAAGUUGGUCUACCAGGAAAACAGGGACUUCCUGGAAUCAGAGGCAGCCCGGGAAGAACAGGACUGGCUGGGUCUCCAGGUCCUCGAGGAGUAAAGGGCUCAUCAGGCCUGCCAGGAAGCCCAGGAGUUCUAGGCCCAAAGGGUGAACAAGGGCUACCUGGCCAACCUGGAAUUCCAGGUAAAAGAGGGCGCCAAGGAGCACAAGGUGAUCAGGGACCGUGUGGAGAGCCUGGCCUGAAAGGGCAGCCUGGAGAACCUGGUGUUCAAGGUUUGACAGGUUUCCAAGGAUUCCCAGGCCCCAAAGGUCCUGAGGGGGCUGCUGGCCUUACUGGAAUAUCAGGUCCUAGAGGUCCCCCUGGACAGAGAGGAAACACUGGUCCCCAUGGCAGAGAAGGUAUAACAGGCCCCACAGGUAGAAAUGGACCCAGAGGAGAAAAGGGCUUUAGAGGUGAAAGUGGUCCUCAAGGACCAAGAGGUCAACCAGGGCCUCCAGGUCCACCUGGAGCACCAGGCCCAAGAAAACAAUUGGACAUCAAUGCCGCGAUUCAAGCCUUGAUUGAAUCAAAUACUGCCCUACAGAUGGAGAGCUACCAGAAUACUGAAGUGACUUUCAUCAACCACAGUGCAGAGAUAUUCAAAACCCUGAGCUACCUUAGCAAUUUACUGCACCGCAUCAGGAAUCCUCUUGGCACGCGAGAUAACCCAGCUCGAAUCUGCAAAGAUUUGCUUAACUGUGAGCACAAAGCAUCAGACGGAAAAUACUGGAUUGAUCCAAAUCUCGGAUGUCCUUCAGAUGCCAUUGAGGUUUUCUGCAAUUUCAGUGCUGGUGGCCAGACAUGCUUAUCUCCUGUCUCUGUGACAAAGUUGGAAUUUGGAAUUGGGAAAGUCCAGAUGAACUUCCUUCAUUUACUGAGCUUGGAAGCCACCCAUACCAUCACCAUUCACUGUCUACACACCCCCGAGUGGGCAGGGGCGCGAGCAAGUGGCCUAGGCUUGCCUGUUGUUUUCAAGGGAUGGAAUGGCCAGAUUUUUGAAGAAAAUACUCUACUUGAACCUAAAGUGCUUUCAGAUGACAGCAAGAUUCAAGAUGGCAGCUGUCAUAAGGCAACAUUUCUUUUUCACACCCAGGAGCCUAAUCAACUUCCAGUGAUUGAAGUACAAAAACUCCCUCAUCUCAAAACUGAGCAAAAAUAUUACUUCGAAAGCAGUUCUGUAUGCUUUCUUUAAAGUUUCUGAAUUAGUUCAGAAUUCAUGCUGGUGGCCAAGUAAUUGCUGCAAAGAGAAAAAACAGAGGCAGAACGAUACUGUCAUUAUGAAAUACCUGGAAUAAUGCAUUGGCUAAAUCUUAAAGAAUCUCAGGAAGAAAAGACCCUCCUAAGAAGGAGAAAAGGCAUCUUUCAAAGGACUAUGAUUGAUAAAAUAUUUAAUUCUUUUAAAAAUUGUACUGAUCUCAGCUUUCUUAUAGAAUUUCCUAGAACUGAAAAAUUGUAAGUGAGGAAUUCUUCAGGGUUCCCUGUUGUUUUUUGAGAGUGAAGUGCACAUUAGACAGCUGGAGGCGCAGAGCACUGUGGAGCAAUACUGGCUAAUGCUCCCACAUGUGCGAUGCUUCUGUCUAAAAAUUACAAGCCACGGUCUAAUAUGUCUUAUUUUCCAAAACACUAAGUUGUAUUCAGGUCCCCAGUGGGUUAUACAUCUUAGCCAGUGGUACACUACCUCUUACAUGUUACCUUUUUGUGUUGCUUGGUGCUCUUUCUAAAACAAGGUGCUUAUGGCUUUCAUAGACUAUUUGAUUUCUUUUUUCAUCUUUGUCAUUCUUUGAGAGUGUAUGUACUGGUUACAUCAAGAUAUGUUUUGGUUGUUAGUACUUAUUUUAAUUUUUUUGGUCAUAUACUUAACGAGUAAAACUAUUUAUGUGGAGUCCUUGUUUUAUUUUAAAAUUCUCUUUGUGCAUUUGGAAUCAAAGCCAGCACAUUGUAACCUGUGCUUGUACACAGAAGGACUGGGAGGUUUCUUGUUGUUUUUGUGUUAUUUUUUAAAUUGUUGUAAAAAUUAUUAUAGCCAGCUACAUCUAGUAGUGGGUCUGGGUUAGAGACUGGGGCUUGUGAUAUACAGUUUUAAAAAUCCAUGAUCAUCUGGAAUGAUACCUUGUAUAUAUAUAUUUGUAAAGUUUUAUUUCAGCAAAUCUUUUGAAAUUGCUGCUGUUUUAAAUUAUAAAAACUUUAUAUUUCUGCUUCAUAGAAAUUAUGUGUUUAUAGUAUUCAUUGACUUUUAUUUCACUGUUUUUAAAUUCAGUAUGUUAGCCCUUAAAAGGAUUUAACUCACCAGUCUUUAAAGCAACAUCCAGGAAAAAGUCUUUUCCCAUUUAAAAUAGGCUCAGCCAGUUCAGUCUUUCCUUUUUGUCAAAAAAUAUUAGUUCAAAAUUAAAAGAAAAAUAUUAUACCACUUGGUAAAUAGAAAAGCUUGUUCAUCCAUUAUAAACGUAUCUUUAGCCAUC